UGGAAACGGACAUGUCAGCCAUCUCAUUUCUUCUCCAAGUAAAAAUCAACCACUACUAAUAAUCCUCUCGCAACACGCUCAUUAACUUAUCCAUUUUCCUAAAAUUCAUCCAACUGUUAUCAUUUGAGCGAAACGAAAAACCAAAACUAUUCAAAAAUGGCGAAUAAAUCUGCUGUGAGUUAUGUGAUCAGUGAUGAACAAGAUGGAUUUGUAGCCGUUGAUUUCGACUUGUUCGACGGUCACGAUGACGAGAUUCGCGACUGGGAGAUCGUAGAUGAUUGCUCUUCGAUCGCUGAGAAGAGUGAUGACGAUGUGGCUUUUACUGGUUCCGGACGGUCUGACGUGGCGUCGGAGUGUUCGUCCGAUGAAAUUACUGUUCAAGAUUUGAAGUCGCUCCCGGAGUAUUCGCCGGAGAUGUUCGCCAGUCAACGUCAGUCAAUCACCGGUGAUGGUGACGUCGUCGAGUAUGUACCAGGCGGUGAAGUGGAAGAAGAAGAAGAAGACGAUAAUUUGUGUGAAAACGGGGAAGAUUUACACGAGUUAUUCGCCAGCGAAGAUUCGAAGCCUGUGGCGGAUAUCAUCGUCGGUGAUCGAGAUUUGGACUCCGUCGAGUCGAUUCAGGAGAUGAUCAUCCGUGAACGUCGGUUGAAUUAUGAAUUGCCUUUGAUCCAACCGUACCGUGAUUAUGAUUACGAGUAUGAUUACGAGAGGCAGGAAGAAGAAGUUGAUUAUGAUCUGGAUGAUGAAUUGGUCCCGUACAGUGCUAAAGUCAAAUUAGGGCGUGAAAGAAUGAGGAAAUUGGGGAAAAGGUCAUGUAGCAAGUUAGUGAAGUCGAAAAGGUUGACUUAUAAUUACAACAAGGCUGGCUGUCUCCGGGGAAAGCAUGGGCUCGGAUUGAAGCACAGUUUGAUUUGAAGGAAGGUUCUGCAUUAAUGUGGUUCGCUUUCUCGACAUGGUGAUCUUGUUUAGUUUAUGUAUCUAGUAGUUUAGAGUAACUAAUUUCUGAAUUAUGCGUCAUUGUUGGUUUCAAUUUCAGCGUACAUAUCAUUGUUGGUUUCAAUUUCAGCGUACAUAUGAAUCACUGAUGUUUGUCUAAUGCAUUUCUAUUUCGGUGUA